UGAAUUUUAAUGAGUAUUGUUCAACCUUAGAAUUUAGAAAUAACAAAAUUGUGUAAUUUCUAAAAUAUUUUGUCUCGAAGGUGGCAGUGUUAAUAUAUUUUCCUUGUACUGAGAUUUGAAUCAAAUUUUUUUUCUUUUACAGUUGUACAUUUUUACCUAUUCUUUAAAUUGAAUUUUAGUUCACAAUGAUUUAAUAUAAUAUGCUAUAGUUUUAAUUUACCUAGUCUUAUUCCCUAUAAAAUAUCCCUCUAUUUCAUUAAUUUUGUUUUAUGGAACGUAGUUUUCGAAUCCUUGAAAAAUGUCGAAUAAAUCGAAACAGUCAAACGAUUCGAUUGUUGAUUCAGACAAUGAAGAAUUCGACUGUGACACACGAAGAAUACCUCCUGAACAUUUACCCAUGUUUCGACGAUUGGCGGAAGUCAACGGCAAAAUAAAUCGUAUGAAGAGAAAACAGUUGGUGGAUACUAUGAAGAAGAAAAACCUUUUUAUUGACGGAGAUAUAGAUGUGUUAAAAAAACGUCUUAAGAACCAUUACAGAAUGCAAGCGCUUAUUAAAGCGAAAAUCUGUGAAUCGGAGUCAACAUAUUUUCCAUAUUUUGUCAUAAUAGAUAUAGAAGCUACUUGUACUGAGAACAAUCCUCCUGACUACAAAUUUGAAAUUAUAGAAUUUCCUGCAGUAUUAAUUGAUGCAAAGAAACGUAAAAUAAUAGAUCAUUUUCAAGCGUUUGUUAAACCUACUAUUAACCCGAAGCUGUCUGAGUUUUGUAUCAAGCUCACUGGUAUAACCCAAAAACAAAUUGAUACAGCUGAUCCAUUCCCAGUUUGCUUAAAGAGGUUUACAAACUGGUUGGAAAGUCACGAACUAGGCAGUAAACAUAGGUUUUCAAUUGUAGCCGAUGGGCCUUUUGACAUGGCUCGAUUCCUUUAUGGACAAUGUAUUAUGUCCGAAAUUCCAUAUCCGAGCUUUGCUAAUAAAUGGGUGAAUAUUAGAAAAAUAUUCAGAUCGUUUUAUUUCACAAAGCAAUCCAAACAUUCAUUUUUAUGUAAUCUCAACGGAAUGUUAACAUUUUUGGACAUGGAGUUUGAAGGUAACCCUCACAGUGGAUUGGAUGACUCUUAUAAUAUAGCGAGAAUAUGUUUGCGAUUACUCAAUGACGGAGCUUUUAUUGAUCAAAACGAAAGAAUAAUUUCAUUAAAAAGCCCUACUCCAUUUGGGAAAGACGAUCCUCUACCGGUCAGACCCGUGCAUAAUAUAUUUUGUGAUGGUGUUCAUCAUCAAACAAAUAAUUGGCAAUUAAACACAAAAAUGAUGAAUUUGCAACUACGUGAUAAAAUUUAGCACUAACAUAAUUUGAUUUAAAGUUGUCGUUUCGAUGUUCCUUUAUAUAUUGUUCUUUUUAAUAUUCAUUAAAAGAUAACUUUAUAAUUUUUUUUGAAAAAAAAGUUGUAUAAGUAAGAUCUUUUAAACUACCAUGUCAAACAUUGUGAUCACGAGCUUUAUAUAUAUUAUAUAC